UGGUUGCAAGCCAGGGUAGAAAUGCUCUGAGCAAAGGGGAUUUUACCACGUAACUCGGACGGGGGAUUCAACAUGAUCUGCAAAGGGAUAUCUGUUCUAUUGGAAUUAUGGACUGAAGGAGUGCUCUUUCUGCACUGUUUGAGGAUUACGAAAGACUGUGAUCUAAAAAUAACGCUGACUGAAGGAAUAUUACUGAACUCUACUAUUUCCAAAGGAUUAACACCAGAAUGGAUUAACAAAGUUUUUACUGGCCCAAAGAACAAAAAUGGAUACAAGCAGAUCUAAAUCUGGACCGAACCCUCUCCACCUCCUCCCUGGAGCAGAGCCCCAGCGGGGCAUCGGUCUUCAGAUCGCCACCUGCCACCAGAAUCAUGGAUCCCAUACCUGCAUAAAUCUUUACGUUCCAUAAGUUUAAGGAGUAGAUGGGGCUCAUGCUGAAAUGAUGAAUGCAUUGCAUGCUCCAGCAGACACCAGCAAGCUCUGAUAUCCGUCUACUCGCCUUCUCCCUCCCUCUUUUCUUCAGCUUGCACUCCUCUUCAAGAAAGAUCACAAUCUUCCCCCAAGGUUUUGGCAACAGCUCAAAUUCCUGGAAAUUGCAUUGAGAUCUGGAUUCUAGAGACGAACAUUCUAUUUUUGGUCCAGGAUAGACCAAGAGCCUUUUGAAGAAACGGCUGUGUUGAAAUUAUCAUAUUCCCCCUCUUUUACUCUCCUGCUAUUCCUCGGUCCCAGAGGCACCAACUGAUGGAGAGACGAAGGAGAGAGUCAGGAUAAGGACAAGAAUUAGAGCUUCAGAGAGAAGAGGAGAAACUGCAUACUGCUUGGGAAAAUUGGAGUAGGGCUACUGUGAAGAAUAUUUACCCACUGAGCUUUAUAUACCAGUUUAGUGGUAUAUAAUAAGUCUUGUUUACAUUUGAAAUCUGUUAUUCCCAGUGAAGCUAGGCCUUAGCUCUGUGAUUCAUUACUUUCAAGGCAUCAAAUCCAGAAGGGAAACUUGGGAACUUUGAGCAUGACAAGGGGGUUAAGAUUCAUGUGUUGGCCCCUGUGGCCUCUGGCCCUCUUUAGCCUGCUUACUACAGUGGAGGUGCUGGAAUUCGGUGGGGCACCCGGCCAGUGGGCACGCUAUGGGCGGUGGGAAGCUGGAUCAGUGGGUGAGCUGAGCUUCAGUCUUAAGACCAACAUCAGCAAAGCCUUGGUACUCUACCUGGACGAUGGUGGGAACUGUGACUUCUUGGAGUUGUUGAUUGCCGGAGGGCGCCUCCAGUUGCGGUUUGCCAUCCACUGUGCCGAGCCAGCCACUUUGCACAUGGAAACACGGGUGAAUGAUGACCGCUGGCACAUGGUCUUGCUCACCCGCAACUUUCGGGAGACCCUGCUAAUGGUGGAUGGGGAGACAAAAGUGGCUGAGGUCAAGUCGAAGAGGAAGGAAAUGGCGGUGGUCAGUGACCUGUUUGUGGGUGGGAUCCCGCCUGACGUACGCCUCUCUGCCCUGACGUCCAGCACAGUGAAAUAUGAACCACCCUUCCAGGGCCUGAUCUCCAAUCUGAAGGUGGGGGAGAUGCCUCCUACCUUGUUAAACAGCCAGGGCAUUCAGAGUGACCUGGAGUAUCUCUGCACCAAACAAAACCCAUGCUUCAAUGGUGGGUUUUGCUCUAUUCAGUAUGGAGAAGUUCACUGUGACUGCACCCACACUCGCUUCAAGGGGAAGUACUGCAAGGAAGCUGAAGAGUAUGCUGUUGAAGGUCUGGCGCACCUGACGUUAAACGACCAAGGUGACACAUCUCAAGUUGGUAAGGAAGAGUCAGUAGCCACCUUCAAGGGCAACGAGUUCUUCUGCUAUGACCUGUCCCUGACACCCAUCCAGAGCAGCACCGAUGAGAUCACGCUUUCCUUCCGAACGCUGCAACGCAACGGCCUCAUGCUCCACACCGGCAAGUCAGCCGACUACGUGAACCUUUCCCUGAAGAGCGGCGCCGUUUGGCUGGUCAUCAACCUGGGCUCGGGGGCCUUCGAGGCUCUGGUGGAGCCCGUCAAUGGCAAGUUCAACGACAACGCCUGGCAUGACGUGCGCGUCACCCGCAACCUGCGCCAGCACGCAGGCAUUGGACACGCUAUGGUAAACAAACUGCAUUAUAUGGUGACCAUCUCAGUUGAUGGUAUUUUGACAACGACUGGUUACACCCAGGAGGAUUACACCAUGUUGGGCUCUGAUGACUUCUUCUACAUUGGAGGGAGCCCGAACACGGCAGACUUGCCUGGAUCACCGGUCAGCAACAACUUUAUGGGCUGCCUUAAAGAUGUGGUGUACAAGAACAAUGACUUCAAGCUGGAGCUGUCACGGCUGGCCAUUGAACGUGACCCCAAAAUCACCCUGAAUGGCGAUCUGGUGUUCCGAUGCGAGGAUGUGGCAGCCCUGGACCCUGUAACCUUUGAGAUCCCCGAGUCCUACAUCUCCCUGCCCAAGUGGAACACCAAGAAGACAGGAUCUAUCUCCUUUGACUUCCGCACUACAGAGCCCAGCGGCCUUCUGCUGUUCAGCCACGGCCGCCCUCAGGGUCCUAAAGAGCAGAAGCCCGGUAGGGAGCUCAAGACUGAUUACUUUGCCAUGGAGCUUCUGGACGGGUAUUUGUACCUGCUGAUCGAUAUGGGCUCCGGGAAAACAAAGCUCAAAGCCAGCAACAAGAAGGUCAAUGAUGGGGAAUGGUGCCAUGUGGAUUUCCAGAGGGAAGGGAGGAAAGGAUCUAUCUCAGUCAACAGCCGUAGCAUGCCCUUCAGUUCCCCAGAGGGCAGCGAAAUCCUGGACCUGGACAGUGACAUGUAUCUGGGCGGGCUGCCUGAGUCCAAGUCGGACCUCAUCCUGCCGCCAGAAGUUUGGACAGCACUCCUUAACUACGGCUACGUAGGAUGCGUCCGUGACCUCUUCAUCGAUGGCAAGAGCCGCGAUGUCCGUCGUCUGGCUGAGAUCCAGAGCGCUCUGGGUGUCAGCAGUUUCUGCACUCGUGAGCUCCAGAAGCGGUGCAGCAGCGCCCCCUGUGGCAAUGGAGGCCUGUGCAAAGAGGGCUGGAACCGCUACAUUUGCGAUUGCAUCGGCACCGGAUACCUGGGUACCAACUGUGAGAUAGAGGCAACAGUGCUGAGUUACGACGGAAGCAUGUACCUGAAAAUCAUCAUGCCGGUCACCAUGCACACAGAGGCCGAGGACGUGGCGCUACGUUUCAUGUCUCAGCGGGCGUACGGUCUGCUCAUGGCCACCACGUCCAAGGAGUCAGCGGACACCCUGCGACUCGAGCUGGACGGAGGCCGCGUCAAGCUCACAGUCAACCUCGAUUGUAUCAGGAUAGACUGUAGCCUCAGCAAAGGACCCGAGACACUGUUCGCGGGACAGAAGCUGAAUGACAACGAGUGGCACACGGUGAAAGUGGUGCGAAGAGGCAAGAGCCUACAGCUGUCUGUGGAUAAUGUCACAGUGGAAGGCCAGAUGACUGGUGCCCACACACGUCUUGAGUUCCACAACAUUGAGACAGGCAUCAUGACUGAGCGCCGCUUCAUAUCAGUGGUGCCCUCAAACUUCAUUGGCCAUCUCCAGGGCUUGACCUUCAAUGGGUUGCCAUAUCUAGACCAGUGCAAAAAUGGGGACAUCUCUUACUGCGAGCUGAAUGCCCGCUUUGGCAUGCGCCACAUCAUCGCAGAUCCGGUGACGUUUCGAACGAAAGGCAGCUACUUAGCUUUAGCCACAUUACAAGCGUACGCCUCGAUGCACCUCUUCUUUCAGUUUAAAACCACCACACCUGAUGGCCUGAUGCUCUUCAACUCUGGAGACGGGAGCGACUUUAUAGUCGUGGAACUGGUGAAGGGGUAUGUGCACUACGUCUUCGAUCUUGGCAAUGGCCCGUCGCUGAUGAAGGGCAACUCAGACAAACAACUCAAUGACAACCAGUGGCACAAUGUGGUGGUGUCCCGGGAUGCCAACAAUGUACAUACACUGAAGAUCGACUCACGCACCGUUACGCAGCACUCCAAUGGAGCACGCAACCUGGACCUCAAAGGGGAGCUGUACAUCGGUGGCGUGACUAAGAACAUGUAUAGCAAUCUGCCCAAACUGAUCGCAUCCCGGGACGGGUACCAGGGCUGUUUGGCCUCUGUGGACCUGAAUGGGAGACUCCCUGACCUGAUCGCAGAUGCCCUCCACAGGGUGGGCCAGGUGGAACGAGGCUGCGAUGGACCCAGUACCACCUGUACGGAGGAGUCCUGCUACCAUCAGGGGGUGUGUCUCCAGCAGUGGGAGGGCUUCACCUGCGACUGCACCAUGACGUCCUAUGGAGGCUCGUUUUGCAACGACCCUGGGACAACUUACAUCUUCGGGAGAGGCGGAGCCCUCAUCACAUAUACCUGGCCACCCAAUGACCGGCCGAGCACAAGGGCAGACCGGCUGGCAGUGGGCUUCAGCACGCAGCUGAAGGAGGCCAUCCUGGUCAGGGUGGAGAGUGCCAAGGGACUGGGAGAUUACCUGGAGCUGCACAUAGAACGGGGAAAGAUCGGCGUGAUCUUCAACGUGGGAACGGACGACAUAACCAUCGAGGAGAGCGCGGUGAUGGUGAGCGACGGCAAAUACCACGUGGUGCGAUUCACACGCAGCGGGGGCAAUGCCACGCUACAGGUGGACAACCAGCCGGUCAUCGAACGUUUCCCCUCAGGGAACUUUGAUAAUGAGCGCCUGGCUAUUGCUAGACAAAGAAUCCCAUACCGACUUGGUCGGGUAGUUGACGAGUGGCUACUCGACAAAGGUCGCCAGUUGACCAUCUUCAACAGCCAGGCGUUCAUCAAAAUCGGUGGUGGAGAGAAGGGGCGCCACUUCCAGGGCCAGAUCUCAGGCCUGUACUACAACGGCCUGCAGGUGCUGAAACUGGCAGCUGAAGGCGACCCCAAUGUCCAGACCCAGGGCAACCUGAGGCUGGUGGGUGACGUGCCCUCAGUGCUGACCACCGACACCACCUCCACCACCCCGCUGGCUGAUAUGUCCACCACGAUCAUGGAAACAACCACCACCAUGGCCACAACCACCACCCGCAAACAGCGCUCGCCCACCAUGAGGGACAGUGUCACACAGAAUGCAGAUGACCUCUUGGUAGCAUCAGCUGAAUGUCCUAGUGAUGACGAAGAUUUGGAGGAGUGUGAGCCUGGAAAUGGAGGUGAAUUAGUGUUGCCCAUUAUUACGGUGGACUCCCUAGACCCCCCAUCCAUCGCCACCCGCUACCCAGUAAUCCCCCCGCCCCCCACCACCUACCGCCCCUUCCUCACCCUGCUCGAAACCACCAAAGAGUCCCUCCCCUUACCCAACGGCCGGCCCCCCUGCCCCCUGGACCAGGAGGACUGCGAGGAGACCAUCGAGGUGUCGGCGUACGGCUCGGGGGAGAUGACCGAGUCGGAUGACGAAGACUAUUACAAAAACUCCCCCUUGGUCACCGACAGGACUGUCCUCCCACCUCCGCCGGCCGUCGAGGGCGGCGUCCAGAUCCCCCGAGACCGCCACUUCUCCCGCUUCCCCAACUCCCCCCGCCCACCUCUCUCCUCCACCCCCACGGCCAACCCCGACCAGCUCAGCCCGCGCAUCAAGCCGGCCGGCGGCGGCGGCGGCAGCAGCAGUAGUAGCAACAACAACAUCCCCGCUGGGAAAAUGAACACCCGGGACCAGGUGCUGCUGCCGCCGUCCCACCCCUCGUCAGAUCCAGGCCACCGCAGGGUACCGGGAAUAACCUACCCCCCAAAUUUCCCUCAUGUUCCCACUCCAGACCCCACGUCUCCGGAAAGAGGGCUCCCGGGCGCCGUGGAGGUGCAGCAGUCCAGCAGCACCACCGGAAUGGUGGUGGGCAUCGUGGCGGCCGCUGCCCUCUGCAUCCUAAUUCUGCUCUACGCCAUGUACAAGUACCGCAACCGCGACGAGGGCUCCUAUCAGGUGGACCAGAGCCGCAACUACAUCAGCAACUCAGCCACGCAGAGCAACGGAGCUCUGGUGAAGGAGAAACAGCCGAGCACUGCCAAGACGGUCACCAAGAACAAGAAGAACAAAGACAAAGAGUACUACGUCUGAGGGAGUGCCGCCGUGACACACAGAGACAGAUAGCAGACGCACUUAGAAAAGGAAAGAGACAAGAGAGAGAAAGAGAGAGGGGGGGGGAGAGAAAAGGCAGUACAUGGAAAACGGCAAACAUACCAUAAUGGCUAAUUCAUUUAAAACUCAGUAUUGUCUGGUGGUCAUAUGUGCAACCAGUUCCACUCUAAUCAGAGGGAGGCAGCAAAACAAGACGACACGGUGGCAUAAUGGUUCUGUUCUCACCUUUCAGCAUUGCUUUGAUGGAUCUGACUAAACCUAGAUUAAAUGUUAACCAUUGCGUGCAUUUAAGGAAAGGCUAUUACACCUCAGAUCCCAACACAUACCGUGCCAACAACCGUAUAGCAAAUGCUGAUAAAACAGUGAUUUAUUGGUUAGCAUUUGACAGGUUAUUUAAUAUCCUGAGUACUGUAGGAAAGAACCACCAUCAGUAUUUGUGUCAAGGUCUGUACUUCACUCUGAGGCGAGCUUGUGGUGUACGCCAUCACCUUAGACAGUAUCAACAUAUUGUUUUCCAACCGGCCUCGAAUUAGCAACCUGACAUCCAUCUGUAAAAUCAAUAUACUGCCAACUUACAGAAACACCGUGUCAAAUCCAGCUCUCCCACACCUGUAAGCGUUCCACAUCUCUGAUCUCACACCUCUCAUCAGAUCUCUCUCUCUCUCUUCCUCCCAUUCGCCCGUGCACUCUGUUUCUCUCCUUGUCUAUGGUGCCCAGCAGCCGAUGCAACGUAAACUCUGCCGUGUUUCAAGCAUGUAGUAUUCAUUUACGAAAAAGAGAUAAAAACUGUUUUUCUUUCUGUGGAGUUUAAAAAACAAAAAAUAUGAUGAUGAUUGAUGAUCAUAACAACGUUAAACGUAGCAACUAUGUGAGAUACCACCACUCCAACCUAACGGAUGCUAACUUGUACGUUUAGCCGCCAAAAACUUGUUGAGGCCAAAACCCCAUUGGUCAUCCUUUGUUCCAGCAGAUCUGUGUCAUGUGUUUCUGGGGCUCCAAAGUCGCCCCCUAGUGGGCCAGCAGAGAAACUGUUACGUCCUUACAGUUACUAAUCACCGAAAAACAGAAAAAACCUCCAGCAAACAAGAUGAACUCUGUUCUAUAUAAUUAUAAAUAUAUGUAUAGACGUUGCAGAAACCUAUGGACCUAAAUUGUGAGCGAGUCUAGAAGCGAGUUCGCUGACAAAGCACAGCGAAGACGGACUUUAGGAUUUUUGACGUCGGAACAGUUUCACCACUCAGUCUCCCGCUCCCCAGACCCCCGUCCCUCUCAUGAACAGUUUGGCUGAUGGAAUGCCUCGCUGCAAGACUCAGUCACUUUGGUUCGCUCUUUUCUUUUUCUUUUCUCUUUUUUUUUUAAAAUAUUCUUUUCUCUGGAGAGAUGACAGACAUUAUAGGGAAAUUCUGAAUUCAUCCUUGCUGGAGUUCCACUGUGGGGAGAGAUACCUUGCAGGUGAAAAAGCAACUGUGUCUUUCACCCCUCUCUAGCCUGACUGGACUGAUGGCAGCCAAUGGGCAAAAACAAACUUUGUGGGAAGAGCACACAAAUAAAAAGGUGAACGGCAGUUCCCUGGAAGAUGUACAACAGAACUCUAGUAUUCCAAUUUUCUCAACUCUAUUAAAAAAGAAAACUGUACCAUGAAAAGAAAAGAAAAAUCCUGAAAAAAGUUUGUGAAAUGUCUAAAUAUUUGACUCUCAUCCCAUUACUAAGAGAAAUGUGUUUUCCCUACUAUCAUUCCUGUUUGGAGAAAAAAAAAUGACUAUGAUUCUGGGAAACUGAAAUUUCUAUGUAUUUUGUUUUGGUAAUUGAGCAAAUGUGAUUUGGGUUAUGCACAUAAAAACCGCGCAUUCUCCUUUUUCAGAGGAGAAAAGUUCCUCAUUUAUUCCAUACUUCAUCUGUCAUCCUCGAUCUAUUUUUUGUCCUGCAUCUAUUCCUUUUUCUCUGUAUGGCAGAUUGUAUGUCCCCCAUACUCUGUGGAGAAAGCAGGCUCUAUUCAUCCUCCAGUUUUUUAUUUGUUUCUUAACUAUUUCUGUCUACAUGGCAAGAGCCAAGAUGGCAGCCGUUUCAUUUGACAGGCUCCAUCGAUUCAAUCUCCUGCCACGUUUGUCUGGUUUCUCUCUUUCUUCAUUCCAAGCAUACCCCUCCCAGUAUCUUCCUGUUCUUUCUAAAUGUUAUUGUAAAGUGUUCCAGUGAGAUGACUCUAAAUAUGUGUACAUUAACAGAGGGAAUACACUUGGUUAUAUACUUCUUA